AUGAAAGGGGUGAGAAUGAAGAUGGAACAGAAAUACAAUAAAUUAGUAGGAUCAAGCAUUGCAGGGAUGGUGUAUAUGUGCAAGCAUCUAGUCUUGGAACCUUGGAAGCAGAUUAUUAAACAUUUGAAGGCGCUUGCUUUGGAUGUUCCUGUCAGUGGUUGCAACUUAGGCCCAGUCCACAAGCAGGAUGUCAUGAAAGCAACUGCCAUACUGAAGAGGAAAGAAGAGUAUGUAGCCAUCUUGGCCUUUGAUGUCAAAGUAAUGCCUGAGGCUUUUGAACUUGCAGCUGAAUCGGGGGUGAAGAUUUUUAUGGCUGAUACAGUAUACAAGCUUGUUGAUAGUUUUACUGAUCACAUUAAUAAAUUGAAAGAAGAGAUGAAGAAGCAAUGUGCAGCUGACGCAGUGUUCCCAUGCACCCUUAGGAUUCUUCCAAACCGUGUCUACCAUAGCAAGGAUCCAGUUGUUUGUGAUGUUGAAGUUCUGGAAGGCAUUGUCAAGGUGGGAACCCCAAUUUGUGUUUGUGUUCAAAGUAAGGAUAGCAGUGCUGAUGUGAUUCAUGCCCUUGGGAGGAUCUCAUCAAUGAAAACAUCCAAUGGCAUGCAGAUCAAUUCUGCCAGUAAUGGAGUUGUGUCAUUAAAGAUAAGUGGAGAGAAUCCUCACGAGAGGUCCCGGGUGUAUGGACGCCAUUUUAACUCUGACAAUGAGCUGCUCAGCCAAAUCUCUAGGAAAUCCAUUGAUGUGCUGAAGGAGUACUAUCGGGAUGAGAUGAGUGAUGAAAACUGGCAACUGAUCCGCAGGCUAAAGAAACAAUUGGGGAUCCCCUGA